UCCAAUACUCAAGCCUAUAGAUUAGUUCUUGACAUAACUGAUAAGAUCAAAAGCCGUAAUAAGAAAAUACGCAUAGCUGAUGCUUCCCCUGCUGGUUGGGGAACCGUUAGGGAAUACGAAUCCAAUGCCGUGGCUUCAGAUUCUGAAGAUGAGAGAAAGAUACGACAAGCUGAGACCAGAGCUAUCCGUACCUCCAAGGAGAAGUCAAAAUCUCGCCAGCAACCUUACCCAAAAAAUCCGCCUCGUCAACAACCUGCGGAAUCUUAUGGUAACCCUGCUUACGCUCAGCAUUAUCAACGUAAUCAGCAACAGCCCUUUCGUGGGAGCUUCGCAAGGCGUGAGCCUUGCUCAAUCGACACGUGCCACUACUGCAAGCAACAAGGCCACUGGAGAAAAAACUGUCCUCUUCUCGCCAGUCUCAGGUCAUCCAACAGCAACUCCACAACCUACCAGAAGUAGUAAAGUAGGGCCUGAACGUCACUCUCCAGUCAUUGUGAAUGGUUUUUCAGAUAUUUUUUCAGUAGGACAUUGGUCAGACUUUAAUUCACAAGUUGCCUCUAAUAAUGAUCUCAGCAGUUUGUUCAAACAGUUACCAGAAUUCCUUCUUUCGUCCAAGGCUGCGAGUACUCAGAAGAAAUAUAGAUAUGCCUUCAAUUCAUGGUGUAAGUGGACUAGUCAAUAUUCUUUUUCACCAUUGCCAGCAUCUCAUUUACAUAUUUCUUUAUAUUUAAUUCAUUUGUCUGAAACUGCAAAAUCGGUUUCAAAAUUAAAUGAUGCUUUUUACGCCAUAAAAUGGGCACAUAAAUUAGCUGGCGUUGCUGAUCCCAGUGAAAAUAAUCUAGUUGCAUCUGUUCUUGAAGGGGCUCAUAGAAAAAUAGGUCAUUCAGUUGUCAAAAAAGAACCUAUCACACCGCAUAUUUUGAAAAAUAUUGUAUGUAAAUAUGCUAAUAAUACUUGUAAUUUAAAAGAUGUAAGAAUAGCAUGUAUGUGUUUAUUAGCCUAUGCUGGCUUUUUAAGAUUCUCCGAGUUAGCUAACUUGAGAAGGUCUGAUAUACAGUUUUCCCCUACUUACCUUACACUUCAUUUAGUCAAGAGUAAAACUGAUGUAUAUAGGGAAGGGAAAGAUGUUGUUAUUUCAAAAACAGGGAAUAUUACAUGCCCGGUAGAUGUACUUCAGCGUUAUCUAAAGUUAGCUAACAUUCCUGAAGAAUCGAAUGAUUUUAUUUUUAGAUCUAUUUGUUAUUGUAAAUCUUUGAAUAUAUACAAACUUAGAAAGAGUAGUCAUAUUUCUUACACCAGAGCCAGAGAGUUAUUGUUAUCUGCACUUGACAGUUUAGGUCUUGAUAAAAAACAGUUUGGCUUACAUAGUUUGAGGUCAGGAGGAGCUACUGCCGCGGCAGAAGCUGGAAUAGAUGACCGGUUGUUUAAGAAACACGGGAGAUGGAAAAGUGAUAAAGCCAAAGAUGGUUAUGUUAAAGAGAGUAUACUCAACAGAUUGUCAGUAUCUAAGAAUUUAGGAUUGUAAUUUAUAUUGUUUGUCCCCCCUUUUUCUUUAUGUCCCUUUCUUUAUCAAUCGAAGCUUUCUGUGCUGUCGGGGCGAGCUGAUAACCAAAAACUGUGUUGAGUUUUUACUUUGUAAAUGCUUUAUGUUCGUUUGAAGUAUUGAAUAAGAACAUAAAUGUAUUUAUAAAGGUUACUCGGGAACACGUGUAUUUGUUUACUUUUAACACGUGUGUUUAAAUCAAAACAUGUUUAUGUUUAAUUUGAUUGGACCAUCAGUAAGUUAUUACCGGUUUAAGUUAUAUCAAUCAUGAUAACUUCAUGCUAGAAUUUUAGCGCUAAAAUUAUAAUAAGAUAUCUAGAAUUGUCAUUCGAGGUUCGCCUAUCCGACAGAAAGGUUCGUUUUCCCACCCACCCACCCCUUUUAUUAAGACUUCAUAGGAAUGUGAAUCAGUAUGUUAUGUAGAAAAUAGUUGAUAAAAUACAUGUAUGUAAAUCGAAAUGAUUUUUUCUUCAACUUAUAGAACAUUUUU